AUGUUUCGUCCGCUCCUCUCUGUCGCAGCGUUUGCUGCCACCCUUGCAGCAGCAACUACUUCAACACUUCUAUCAGGCGGAACCGUAAUUGCCUUUGACUCAGACACUGAUAACCUUCGAGUACUGCGCAAUGGAUCCGUCUUGAUUGUCAAUGAUACGAUUGAAGAUGUCUUUGCUGAAAGCUACAGUGGAACGUUGCCCAGCGGCACCGAGAUCAUUGAUGCAACAGGCGAUAUCAUCACCCCGGGCUUCAUCGACACCCACCGACACGGAUGGCAAACUGCGUUCAAAACAUUAGGUUCGAAUACGUCGCUGGCCGAAUAUUUCGAGAGAUAUGGCGAGUUUGUCGUCGACGGCGGCUAUUCUGCUGAUGAUGUAUAUAUUAGUCAACUGGCAGGAUUGUAUGAGGCACUUAAUGCUGGUGUCACUACAAUACUAGACCACGCACAUCAUACUUGGUCUAAUAAAACAGCUGAUGCCGGUCUUAAUGCAUCUAUUGAUAGUGGUGCUCGGGUGUUUUGGUGCUAUACUUUUCACAAUGUCAGCAACUUUCCACACACCGAGCAAGUGGCCAAGUUCAAGGAUAUUGCGGACAGCGACAGGCUGAACGGAAAAGCGACUAGCCUAGGAAUUGCCUAUGAUGGAUUUCAUCCGGGCAGUGCACGGCAAACUGAGGAGGUGAUUUCACUCGCCCGAAAAUACAAUGUUUCAGCGAUUACCGCCCAUUCUUUACAGGGCGUAUGGGGAGUGAUUAACUCACCCGAAAACCUGAAUAACCUCGGCAUCCUGAAUACGUCUAUCCCAGUCAUUUUCUCCCACGCAAGCUUCCUAACCCCCGAAGGAGCCGAGCUCCUCCGAAAUACCAAUCAGUACGUAUCGAUCACUCCCGAAUCUGAGAUGCAUUACGGUCACGAUCACCCUCACAACCACCUCGUUCAGGACCAAGCAGCCCUAGGCAUUGAUACUCAUUUCACAUAUUCCACAGACGUGAUUACCCAAGCACGUCUGUGGCUCCAGUAUACUAGAUUGACCUUAUACCGCUGGUUGCUACAGAACUGGCACGUUCCCUCGAAUAGCCCCAUGACGGUGAAUCAAGCUUUCAUGCUUGCCACACGCAAUGGAGGUCUUGCACUUCGACGGCCAGAUUUGGGUGUCAUUGCCAAGGGAGCCAAGGCGGACAUUGUUGUUUGGGACGGAAUGACGCCUGGAAUGCUUGGCUGGGACGACCCAGUCGCGGCCAUUAUUCUUCACUCCAAUGUUGGUGAUAUUAAACAUGUCUUGGUCGAUGGGAAGUUCGUUAAGCGAGACAGAAAACUGACAGUUGAGAAUUAUUCUUCUGUUCAGCAGAGAUUCUUAGUCACAGCCAGGAAGGUGCAGGCUGAAUGGAAGCAGAGGCCUUACCCCGUCUUGGAGGGCAAGUAUUCCUUAUCCGACUACCAGUAUGAACGGGUGCCCUACGUUGAUACCGUAAGAGGGGAUGGAAAUGGUUAUGGCCACCAAUAUCUCUAG